AUGUGUAGCAUUGAAUACGAUGCGGAGGUCUCCGCCCCGCCCAAGCAUCUGGAUAUAUCAUUCUUCGAGGAGGUGCUGGACACUGCCCUGAGAACUUCCAAGGCCAAAGUGCUCUCCAUUCACAUCAAAAUGGGCAGCAACACCGGCGAGAACUACUGCAGCCAAAUAUACAGGACGAAAAUAUCCUUCCAACUACCCGGUAAACCUGUGCAAUCAAUGAUGUUCAUCGUAAAGAGUAUACCACGCCUGGAAUCGGUGGAGUUUAUCGAGGACCUGCAGGUCUAUCUGAAGGAGAAGGUCACUUAUUACGAUGUCCUCCCCCGCCUGGAGCUGUUGAUGAAGUGCAAGCAACGUUUUGGUCCCAAACUCUAUCAUUGCAUUAAGCAGCCGGAAAGCACCAUGGUGUUUGAGGAUCUAGGCCAGUUGGGCUACGUGAUGGCCUCCCGCGAAUUGGGUUUGGAUGAGGAGCACUGCCGAUUGGUUAUGGAACGACUAGGAGAAUUCCACGCCACAUCCAUGGCACUAGCAGAGCUGGAUCCACACAUAUUUGAAGCUUAUAGUGAUGGAAUGCUGUCGCCCCAAGGCUUGGCCAAGGAUGACGGCCUACUGAUGAGCUUCUUCUCGGGCAACGGCCAGGAGCUUCUCCAUCUAGUGAACACUUGGCCUGGAUUCGAACGCAUUGCUGGAAAGAUUGACAAAUACCUGAAGAACCACAGAGCCAACCUGGAACGCAGCCAGGCGCCGCAGGACAAGGAGAUCAAGGUCCUAAACCACGGAGAUCUGUGGGUCAACAAUAUGAUGUUCAAGUACGAUGCACAGAAGCGGCCCCAGGAUCUUGUCCUCAUCGACUUCCAGCUGAGCGUGUGGGGCAGUCCAGGCAUCGAUCUCAACUACUUCUUCUACACCAGUCUCAACUUGGAGGUCCUGCGCCACAAGAGACCCCAGUUGCUUCACGUUUACCACUCCCGACUGGCGGAGACGCUGCGCAACCUGGAGGUGGACGUCCCAGUGCCUAGCUACGAACAGAUCCUCGAAGAAGUACAUCGUCGAGAGGCCUAUGGAUUCUUUGCCAACUAUGGCAUCUUUCCAACCAUCAGCCAGGAUAAAUCCCAAACUGCGGACAAUAACCUGGAGAGCUUUAAGGAUGCCGAUUUUGCCAAGCAGAAGCUGCGCCAAAUGUUCAGUUCACGCCGACUGGCAGACACACUACAGUAUACCCUGCCGCAUUUCGAGCGUAAUGGAGUAUUAGGAUAA